AUGGGGACCCGGGACGACGAGUACGACUACCUAUUCAAAGUGGUGCUCAUCGGGGACUCGGGAGUAGGGAAGAGCAACCUGUUGUCCCGCUUCACCCGCAACGAAUUCAACCUGGAGAGCAAGAGCACCAUUGGCGUGGAGUUCGCCACCCGCAGCAUCCAGGUGGACGGCAAGACCAUCAAGGCGCAGAUCUGGGACACCGCUGGCCAGGAACGCUACCGUGCCAUCACCUCCGCGUACUACCGAGGUGCAGUGGGAGCACUGCUGGUGUAUGACAUCGCCAAGCACCUGACAUACGAGAAUGUGGAGCGCUGGCUGAAGGAGCUGAGGGACCAUGCUGACAGUAACAUCGUCAUCAUGCUGGUGGGCAACAAGAGCGACCUGCGCCACCUGCGGGCUGUGCCCACUGAUGAGGCCCGAGCCUUCGCAGAGAAGAACAACUUGUCCUUCAUUGAGACCUCAGCCUUGGACUCCACCAACGUAGAGGAAGCCUUCAAGAACAUUCUCACAGAGAUCUACCGCAUCGUGUCACAGAAGCAAAUUGCAGACCGCGCAGCCCAUGACGAGUCCCCUGGUAACAACGUGGUGGACAUCAGUGUGCCACCCACUACUGACGGACAGAAACCGAGCAAGCUGCAGUGCUGCCAGAACCUGUGA